AUGAACAUCGUCCUUUCCAGAGAUAGCCAAGUGAGGAUCAUGGAGAACACAGUAGCCAACGCAGAGAAAUAUUUUGGCCAGUUCUGCACGCUGAUGGCCUCCUACGCCAGGAAGACAGCCAAGCUGCGGGACAAGUCAGAUCUCCUGGUGAAGCAGCUCAUCGACUAUGCGAACACUGAGAACCCUGAACUGCGAAGCACCAUGAAGAACUUUGCUGAGGAGCUGGCCAAAGUGCAGGACUACAGGCAGGCAGAGGUGGAGAGACUGGAAACGAAGGUUGUGGAGCCACUGAAACGGUACGGAGUCCAGCUCAAGCAGACACAGGCAGAGAUCAAGAGGUUCAACAAAGUCCGAAACAAUGAGAUAAAGCAACUGGAGAAACUGGAGAGACUGCGGCAGAAGUCACCCUCAGACCGACACACCCUCUCCCAGGCUGAGUCAAAUGUGCACAAAGCCUCAGUAGACGCCAGCCGCACCACCCAGCAGCUCGAGGAAACCAUCGACGAGUUCCAGAAACAGAAACUGAAAGACAUCCAGAAGAUUUUCUCGGACUUUGUCACCAUCGAGAUGGUUUUCCACGCCAAGGCCCUCGAGGUCUAUUCCAGCGCCUUCCAGAAUCUGGACGAUUAUGACUUCGAAAGAGAUAUGGAGGAUUUCAGAGCGAAGAUCCACAUUGCUUCUGGAAAUUACGAUGCCAGGCCAAUGAGCACCACACAUCCUUCCUCCACCCUGCCAUGGUCCGCCAACAGCCAGAGCGUUCGGAGCACUCUACAGAGGCAAGAAGACAGUGAAGAAGACUCUGAAGAGAACAUAGUGCAGGAUUUCAGCAAUCCAGAAUAUGCACAGAUUAGACGGUAG